AUGCCUGGCCGGGUUGAGUUCAACACAGGUGCAGCGUGGAUAUUCACCCUUGUCCUAAUCUUCCAUCAACAUGUUGGGGGCUGCACAUCUCACCCCUAUCAUUACUCCGUACUCAACGUGAAUCUUUGCCAGGAAUGUCCACAAGCUCUGGUCCUUGCAGUUGGCUUACCGAGGGCGAAGUCAAAAGAGUUAAGAGCCACCUCAAUCCAUUUGAUUGUCAAUCACGCUCGCAAGAACCAACUCCGAAAGUUCCAUAGUCACCAAUGUUCUCUGGCGUAUUCUCGCAAAGGUAUUCAAGCUGUUUUGAGCAAUCACCAUCUGGUUUAUUCUUCACGCCAAGAGACAGAUCCUACCGUGCCCUCACUAUCUUUGCCGUUGGUUAAACUCUCUUUUCCCGACGCCGUCUGGGACACCUGCGCCAAGCGUUGCAAUCAAGAUGCGAUUAUGUCUGGACUCGUCACUCGCCGAACCAGUCUCCUCAUGACACUGUUGAUACAUAUUCCCAAAUAUCUGUCAUUAAAGUUGACUCAGCACGUCCUUCUAGUCGGCCUAACAGACGAUCGCAUCCAUAUUACCAGUCAUUCUCAAACAAAUCCCAUUGUUCAAGUGAAAUGCAAUAGGAUAGGCAUCUGCAGCCACCCGAGAAUUGAUGCCCAUGACUAG